AUGGCUAACAGAAAUGGAGGUGAUUGGCAAGAGGAGACUUAUCAAAAGAUCAAAUCCAUGAGAGAAAAGUACUUCCCAGAGCUGAAAGCAUUUUACCAAAUACUUGAAGCCAGGAUGAACAGAGAGUAUUCUCUUCCACAGCAACAAAGAUUACAAAAAGCGCGAUCACGCCUGAAGUAA